AUGGGAAAGUACAUGAAGAAAUCGAAGAUCACAGGUGGUGACGUCGCGCUGCUUAUGGAGCUCGGGCACCCUCCCCAGGCGGCCUCCAUUGGUGUCUGUACUAGAGCCAAGGCUUUGGCCCUCCAACGGCUCCAGAAAACCACUCCCUCACCCGCGGUUGCACCGAACCAAGAUGCCUCAUCUCUGUGCUACCUACACCCACGCAGCCGCCGCCUCCUGAAACCUCCUCCUCCUUUACUCAUAAAACAACAGCCGCAGCAACCGCAACAGCCAAGAGAGUGCUGUAGGGAGAGCCCUAGCCCCAGGCCCAAUUCGAGACCGAGGGUGGGGCAGGUGGACUCGGGGUUGGUGGAGGAGUAUGAGCGGGGAUGCUUUGGUACAUUUUGCAAGGGGAAUGAAGCAGAGGAGAGAUGA